CCGAGUUCAAAUCUCGGUGGAACCUCACAGUUUUUAUCCUUCCUCUGUUUUUUUCGCUCACUCCUUAGUCUGACUGUUUUCUUUUCUUUUCUUUUUUUGUAACAGUGAUAAUUGAUUCCUGUCAUAGCCUAUCCACGCCGUCGCGCGGGAUUCAAGCCCUAAUAGUAGUGCCACUCUUCUCAUUCCGCCGCUGUUCAGCCGGCGACGCUCGGAAUGGAGCCGGACAUCCAACAGAAAAUCGAGGCAACGGUGGUCGACAUUCUCAGAGGUGUCGACAUGAAUCAGGCGACCGAGUUCAAUGUCCGGUUCAUGGCCUCCGUGCGUCUCGGCAUCGACCUCUCCAACAUCGAGAGCAAGAAGUUCGUCAGAGAAAUCGUGGAGUCCUUUCUGCUCUCCUCCGCGGGCCCGCUCGGUGACGCUGAAGACCACCAGGCGCUCGACGACGACGGCCGUGUCGCCGGAGAGACGAGUGAGGCGAGGAAGGAGGUCGAGCUGGAUGGCUAUGGAAAUCGCGUUAUUUGCAGGCUUUCGGAUAGACGGAGCGUGACGGUGCAUGACUACAACGGGAAGUCUCUUGUUUCAAUCAGAGAGUGGUUCUUGAAAGAUGGUUUGGAGCUUUUCUCCAAUAGAGGAAUUAGUUUGUCUUCUGAACAGUGGUCAGUGGUGAGAAAGAGUAUGUCUGACGUAGACACUGCCAUCGCAGAGAUGCAAUCCAGGUUGAGAAGAUCUGAUCUCAAUGGUUCAAGAACGGAGAAGUGUAACUCGGUCCAACAGAAAGUUGCUUCUACUUCGACUGUUCUGCGUAGUGAGGAAGUUCUAAAUGGGGUGGCUACCUCUUCAACUUCAACCAGGGCUGAACUACAGACCGAGGAAGUCUCUAAUGGGGUAACUACUUCUACCCCAUGUGCAGAAAUCCCUUCUUUACCAGUUGCUUCUACCCCUUGCAAUCCUGUCUCUGAUCCAGCUAUUGCUUCUGCUCCUGAAGAAAAUGUACCCACUGCAACUGCAAAUUGUGCAGCAGAAGAAGGUAUUGCUUGGGUUAGUGUGGACCGUUUUGAUGGGAAGAACUAUAAGAGCUGGGUGAUAAACAUGGAGCUUUUCUUGAAGCAGUUAAAGGUUGCACAUGUGCUCUCUGAUCCUUGUCCAGUGGUUGCCGUUCAUCCUGGAUCGAAAAAUCCUGAACAGAUGAUACCUCCGGCUAAAAAAGCUGCUGAGAGGAAGUGGCUUAACGAGGACCAUUUGUGUCGCCUCCACAUUUUGAGUUGCCUCUCCGAUUCUCUUUAUCAUCAAUUUUCAAAGACGACUCAUACUGCAAAGGAGUUAUGGGAUCAGCUGAAACAAGUUUAUCUCUAUGAGGACUUGGAGUCAAAGAGAGCCCAAGUGAAGAGGUACAUUGAAUUUCAGAUUGUUGAGGAAAAGUCAAUUUUCCAGCAAGUCCAUGAAUUAAACAAUAUCGCUGAUGCCAUUGGAGCCGAUGGAACUAUUAUUCAUGAGAACUUCCAUGUUAGUGCUGUCCUCUCAAAGCUUCCACAAUCAUGGCAAAAUUUCUGCAUCAAGUUAAAGCACGAGGAGCAUCUGCCUUUCCGGAUGUUGAUGGACAUGAUAAAGGUCGAGGAACAGUUGCGUACAGGGGGGAGCAAGCAAGUGGAAUCUGCCAACAAUCACCUCAAAAACCACCAACACCAUGCCAAUAAUCUAGGGCCGAGGACGAGAGAGAUGAAGAGACCAGGUGCGAUGCAGUGGACGAGGCAGGGAACGGGAAUUGAGAUGGAGAACAACAGGUUGCCCGUCUGCUUUUGUUGUGGGAAGAAGGGUCACUUUGCUAACCAGUGUCGUAACAGGAAAUUCGACAAUGAAGAUCAUCAUCCUCAUCAACAUCAUAAGUCAUUCACCCACUCUGUUAAUGGAGGUGACCCAUGGCCGUACUGAGUAUGCUACGAAAUCUUCACUGUUCUCUGAGAGGGUAAGAGCCAUAAAUGGUGGCCACACUGUUGUUCCUUCCUUUCUGAAAACUUUGGCUAUGGAAUCGAUUUUGUAGCCAUCGGUGGAAGCAGUCGUUAGCUGUCAUAUACAUACUUCAUGCACCUACCAGUAGUUGUAAGCUUAUAUGGCGUCAUUUCUUUCAGUCUAUAGUAAUUUUACGACUGUACUAUACCAAAAGUUUGGUAUGUUGCAGGUAACUAUUUCGAGCUUAUGGAAUUAGGGCUGGCUUCUGGAAUCGCACUUCUCAGUGCCUUGUGGUCUACUCCUGGAUUUUGUUUUCACCCUGUACGUUUUUGUAAGACAAGACAAAACAGUCGCUCUCGAAACCUACAAAGGUUUAUCUAGUUAGAGUUAUUUGCUGUGUUUGUAAAUCGUACCAUGUUAGUCUUGGGGAAAAUCUUUUAUUGGAAGCUAAAUUGUUAGGUGGUUUUUAGCGGUAUGAAAAUGAUCAAACUAUGAUUAAAUCACGGUUUCAAUAUAAAAUAUUUUAUUGU